AUGGUGUGUCUGUAUGUUGAUGACAUAUUUCUAACAGGAAGUUGUGAACAUGAGAUAGAUAAGUUCAAGAAGGAGCUGAUGAAUGAAUUUGAGAUGACUAAUCUAGGAAAUAUGGCUUAUUUUCUAGGGAAGAAUAUUAUGUACUUUGAGAAAUGCAUAAUUUUACAUCAACUGAAAUAUGAACUUGAGAUUCUGAAGAGAUUUGAGCUUCUGAAUUGUAAAGUUAUUGUCACACCUGAUGAUACAAAACAGAAAUUAGAUUCUGAUUCUGAUGGUGAUGAUGUAGAUGCGACAAUGUUCAAGCAGUUGGUAGGUUCUCUGAGAUGUUUGUGUAAUACCAUACCUGAUAUUUGCGAUGCAGUUGGAAUGGUAAGUAGGUUUAUGAGUAAACUGAAGUCUCAUUACCAAGUUGCGGUUAGAAUUCUGAGGUAUAUAAAGGGAACUCUGAAGUAUGGAGUUUUUUCCCUUUUGGUGUUGAAACUGAUUCAGAACUUCUGA